AUGGCUAAAGUACACGAGGCAUUGUAACCUAUUCAAUGGUUGAUUGGGACAUGGGAAUCCGUGACAGCGAAGGGAAGUUAUCCCACCAUCAAAGAUUUUUCCUACAAUGAGAUCAUCAAGUUCGAAUCCUUGGGACAACCGCUGCUUAACUAUGAGGCAAACUCCCGUCAUCCCGUGUCCGGUGCUCCGAUGCACCUCGAAAGAGGCUUUCUUCGCAUAAAACCAGGCACCAACCAGGUGGCGUUCAUGGUAGCACACAACUUCGGUUUGGUUGUGCUGGAGGAAGGAGAAGCGACAGGGCACGAACUAAAGCUGGUCUCGAAGUCGGUUGACCGGAUGUCCUUUGGUAAAGACCCAGCCGUAAAAGCGGUCGUGAAAAGCUACCGUUUAAAUGCGGACGGAACGUUGGAGAUUCGAACGGAUAUGGAGACAACUAAUACACCGAUGACCAAUCACCUGAAUGUUGUGUACAAAAGAUGUGAAUGA